GACAACAUGUUCAUCCUGCUAGCGGCGUGGAGGAAGACCAACCCGUUGGACAGCGUGCAGGACCGGUCAGCCAACACCUACGCCGAGGCCGGAGUGUCCAUCACCAUCACGUCAUUGACCAACGCCUUAGCUUUCGCCGUGGGCGCCAUCACAAGCUUCCCGGGCGUCCGCGUGUUCUGUAUGUACAGCGGCAUAGCUAUCGUGUUUGCGUACUUGUUUCAGCUUAAUUUCUUUGGGGCCUGCAUGAUAUAUGACGGUUACAGAGAAAAACAGAAUCGACAUUUCCUGACAUGUAUGAAGGUCCCAAUAAUUUCAAAAGAUGACCAGACCAGUUGUUGUCAGCAAUCUUGCUGUAGGGGCGACCCAAAUAAGGCAGGGGUCGGACAGGACGGCAAAGAUCACAAUGACCACCUCAUUAUGUUAUUCUUUAAAAAGUACUACGGGCCUUUCUUGACAAAUGUGUGGGUAAAAGUCGUAGUUAUGAUUGUGUUUCUGGGGUACCUGGGCGUCGCGAUUUGGGGGUGCGUCCAGCUGAUGGAGGGUGUCCAGCUCAGUAAGCUUGCCGGCGACGCCUCGUACGUUGCCCGCUUCCUCGAGCAGGACGACCGCUAUUUCAGCGAGUAUGACGUCAGAGUCGCUGUGGUCGUAACAGAAAAAUUAGACUACUGGGACCCUGACGUGCAGGAUCGAGUUGAGAACAUGUUAGCGGAGUUUGAGGACACUGCGUUCACGUAUGGAAAGAACGUGUCCGAGUCAUGGCUACGCGAUUACUUGGCAUAUAUAGACCGGAUCUGCUCCAACCCCAUGCUACCACCUUCGCAACAGUUGAACCUUACUGAUAAAGAUUCCUUCAUAGAGUGCCUCAGAGACCGCUUUCUUAACGUGCAAGGGUUUACCAAAUAUGGUCAUGACAUAUUGUUCAAUGAAGACGGUACUGAAAUCAUAGCCAGUCGGUUCUUCGUACAGACAAAGGAAAUUGACGGCACUCUGAAGGAGAAAAACAUGAUGACAAAGAUGAGAGAAUUAGCCUCUGGGGCAUCUGUAGAGGCGAUUGUUUACCACCCAGCGUUCGUGUAUUACGAUCAGUACAUCGCCAUUCUACCCAACACCUUGCAAAACUUAGGUAUCGCCACAGGAGCCAUGUUGGUUGUUUCUCUCUUCCUCAUGCCCCACGUAGUUAACGCCGUCUGGGUCACUCUCGCCAUUGCGUCUAUCUGCACGGGGGUGCUCGGGUUCAUGACGCUCUGGUCCGUCAAUCUAGACAGCGUUUCCAUGAUACAUAUCAUCAUGUGCAUCGGCUUUUCCGUCGACUUUUCGGCUCACAUCGUAUACUCCUUUGUCACGGCUAAGGAAAGUAAUCGUGACGCCAUAGUUGUGCAUGCGCUGUACAGUCUGGGUGUGCCGAUCCUUCAGGGGUCAAUAUCAACCAUUCUGGGUGUAGCUGCGCUAAGCAUGGCCCCCUCGUACGGUUUCCGGACCUUCUUCAAAACUGUGUUCUUAUUCUUAGUCAUCGUGUUCGGCCUGGUGCACGGUAUUGUCUUCCUGCCUGUCAUGCUCUCCUGUUGGGGCCCGCAAGGGGGCGCGGUAAAGGUGAAUGGAAACAGGCUGAGUGACGUGGCAAGAGCACAGAACAGAAACGAAAACCCGUUGAUGACCGUUAGUAUGAAACUCUGGCUCGACCAUUUAAAAGAAGACAAUAGACAAAGAAACAAGGGGACAACUGAAAGUCAACAAAAUCUGACUGCGAACCCGGAAAUGGGUUUUUCAUUGAAGCCGAUCUAAAACGUAGCCAAGCGAAGCUUUUUUAGGGCAGCCGCCAGGCAAUUCCUGGCCAACUGAAAUGUACGCAGA